AUGAAGGAAACACGCAUCGUCGUAAUGGGCGCUGGCGGCGUCGGCAAGAGCGCCCUGACGCUGCAGUUUGUGAAGAACAUCUUUGUCCAGACGUACGACCCAACGAUCGAGGAGACGUACCAGAAGCUCAUGAGCAUUGACGGACAGCAGUGCCUUGUCGAGAUCCUCGACACUGCCGGCACCGAGCAGUUCAUGGCGCUCAAGGAGCUUUACAUGAAGUCCGGACACGGAUUUGUCCUUGUCUUUUCCCUUGCGCACCUUGCCAGCGUCAACGAGCUAGGGCCGCUGCGCGAGCAGAUCGUUCGCGUCAAGCACUUGCGGGUACCGACCGUCAUCGUAGGAAACAAAGCCGAUCUGCGCGCCGAGCGCCAAGUGCCACGCGAGAUCGGCACCAAUCUUUCGCGCGCGUGGGGCAACGUGCCAUACUACGAAUCCUCCGCGCGCAAGCGCAUAAAUGUCGACGAGGUCUUUUGCGACAUCGUGCGGCAAUGUAGAGCGUUUGAAGCUGCCGAUCAGGCCAGUCGGGAUCGCUUCGCUAAGCGGAAUAAGAAAGGCUGCGUCAUCAUGUGA